CGUAUUCCAUUCCUAAAAUGGCGGCGGUUUCUGUCAGUGUGAAGUGAAACUUUCCUAUUUUUAGCGAAGAAAUUGCAUUUUUUCCAAUAUAUUCAGCAGACUGCUAUUGCCUGCGUAUCGAACUACGCGUUGUCGGAGCAGUGCUACGUUUGACGGCGACCGUCAGGACCGAGCGGCGUCGUUUUGUGGCCCGUUUUUGGUCGCCAAAUCGCUGGGCUUCCCUCGAAGUUGACGGUAGCUAAGUGUCUGACAUUGCGAUCAUACCGAUUGUUGUUGUCAUUUGAUCGGCACAACGCGGAACUGCCAGCCGUGCUUCAGACCAGCCGGAUCGCUAGCAAACUUGCUAGUCAAAGUACGUCGAAAACGGCUUGCCAGCUAAUCUUUUUUUAACCGGCCAGGGCUCUUGUGGACGUGUCACGUCACCUGUCACUGGAAAUAAAUAGGUGGUGUUGGAUGCCACCACUAGUCACUGUCAGGCUGAAUUUGGUUUGCUAGCACCGUCCAUCCUGGCAAAUCAAAUGGAGAAGCUCCAGGACCUGAGCCAAUCAGAGCUGCAGGAGCUCCUGGACAACACGGAGAGGGUGGAGUCCAUGGCUCUAGAGUCUGAUGAGAUCCAGAACAUCCAGCUGGAGAGAGAGAUGGCUUUGGCGUCAAAUCGCAGCCUGGCUGAGCAAAACCUGGACAUGAAGCCUCGUCUGGAGGCACAGAAGGAGGUCCUGGUGGAGAGAUACUCCCAACUGGAGGCUGUCAGAGACGCCUACAGACAACACUGUGCCAUCAGAGAUGGGAUGGUGGGUCAGGUGUCUCCAGAGGCUUUGUUCUCCAGACUACAGACAGAGGGCGCCAACACAGAGGCAGAGUCAGAGGCUUUAGCUGAUGAGUUCCUGGAGGGCUCAUUGCCUCUGGACUCCUUCCUUGAGCGCUUCCUCUCGCUGCGCUCGCUUGCUCACAAAAGACGUGUACGGAUAGAGAAACUCCAGGAGAUCCUGCGGCAGAGGAGCGAGAGUGCGGACGAGUGCGCCGGCCAAGAUCAGGCCACCGCCACGCCAUCACCAUGGAGCCAGCAGACCACGACGACGACGACAAACACCCACCAUCAGGCACAGUCGAGCUCCAAACCUCCGAAUCAGUCUGCCAGCUACCAGAAUGCCUCCCAGCCCGCCUCCUCAUCCACAGGAGGCUCCUCCGGCCUACCUUACACCCCCUACCCCGUCUCCCCUCCCAACCCCCCCCCAUCCGCCGCAGCAGCAAGCUCCGGCCCAACCAACCCUCCAUCCCAGUUCCCUCCUUACCCCAGCCCCGGCUCACCUUUCACCCCAGCAGCAGGCUACUCCGGGCCCAGGCCUGCUUUCGGGCCUCCGGCUUCAACCGCCUGCCCAUACCCGACCCAGCCCUCCUUCCCCACCUCACACCCAGGCUCAGCGUUUGGCCAGUAUACACCCAGCCACCCCCAGGGCGGUCUGGCACCCUACCCGGCCUCCUACACCUACGGUGGCUACAGCUAUCCGGCCCAGUCGCCAACGGGGAGGCCCAUCUACAGACCAGGAUAUGGAGUACCACAGCCAUAUUCCUGAAAGCACUACUGCUCCUCGAUCUUCAAAUUUUCUCAAUCCCCUCUUCUCUUUGUCUGUCUCACCUUUACUUCCUCCUUCGUUCCCUCCAUUGACCCCCUUCCUUCUCCCGCUCGUCUUUUCGCCCUCUGCUCUGUGUGCAGCCCCGCUCUCCCUUUCUUUCCGCCCUGCCCCCAGUUUGUCUGAUUCCAGAGAGUCUCUUGCUUUACUUAUCUCUUUGUUGCACUAUUUCUCUCUGUUUCUCUCAACGUCAACCUCUGUUGAUCCCUGCAAGCGCUCUCCCUCUUUCUCUCUCUCCAUCAUUGUCUGUCAACCCCCCCCCCCCCCUCCACACACACACACUAGUCUCAGGUUGUUGCGUUGUGUUUGAGUAAUAAAACACUCAACCCUGUGUUUGACCCCUCAUAUGUUCACUUCUCUUCCUCCUUCUGCCACUCCCCACUUCCUUUCCUUCCAUCUCUAGUGUGUGUGUGAUGCUAUUAGGCAAUCAGAAAGUCCUUAUAACACACAAGUGCACUCCCCCUUAUGACAAGAUUGAAAAAAAAAAAAAAAAAAAAUCCUUUUCACACUACAGCACUGUCCAGUACCUGUCCUGACAAGAAUCUGUGUGAUUCACAUUGUUGUUCAUGAGCACAGGCACAGCCACUCUCCUACAACACCAAUAUUUGGCAUGGUUUUUUUUUUUUCUUAACUUUAAUUGAAGGUUUACAAUUGUCGUUAUGUCUUCAGCAAGUUUCAUGGCCCAGGUGAGCAUGAAACUCAUUCAAAAGCUGUUUUGUAAAUUUGAAAAGUCAUGGGUGGCUGUCAAAAUAUCUUUGGAGAUGGAAGUUUUCAUGGAUGUCAAAUUCUGUUGGGUUUUAACUGCGAUGGCUUGAUUUAUACGUUGAGUAAACAUUAAACACACAAUCCAUUGUGGCCAGUGGAUUUAAAAGAAAACACCAUCACCAGUAAGUCAAGUCAGUCACCAUUUAUUUUCUAUAACCAAAGAAACGUGACAGUAAUACCAGUGGUUGCUUGGUUUUCUUCCGUUUUAAUGGUGCAGGAAAAAACAUUUGCUGCAGCUCACUAACUUCUGGGCAGUGUUGCGUGUCAGCAGCUGUGUUUGCCUUGCUGUAUGUGCUGUCCACCUCUUUAACACCAUUGGCACUGCAGUUUACGAUCAUGUAGCUCAAAUCGGUUCUCAGUCUUGGGCCAGCACAGCUGUCCACAGUUUUGCACAGAAGUUGUGUGUCUAUUGCACUCAGCACCGACUGACAGCGGUAAAUGAUUCUCAUCAGCUCACAUGUCACGCUAAGCACAGCACAGCUACUGCACAGUGAAGUCAUUUAAGAGCUCUACUGUGUAUGCAACACUUAUGUUCAGCUUUGAUGUAUCUUCCGCAGUGCACCCCUACGUUAGGUUUACAAAGGUAGCUCAUUUUUUGACUUUUUAAAGAGCAAUGAUCUGGUCUCCUGAGCAAACAUUCAGUUACAUUAAACUCUGGUGCUGUGGUUCAAACUCAGUCACAGUCAUACACGGGUCAUCCAGGAGCUCAAAGUGUGGCUUUCAUUGGUUUUAUUUUCUCAGUCUGUCAUCCAGGUGAAUCUACACCUAGUGCUUCUCUUUCUGUGUGGGUGGCCGCUCACCAAAGUAAAUGCCAUUACCCACUUCUUUAUCCAGGCUCUAGUUCAUGAAACCGUAGAGUAUUGUUUCCUCUGCCAUUGGUUAGGUUGUGUGUGGCACAACCCUUAUUCUGCGGUGUUAUGAUCACUAGGGGUGCAAUUGCACCUGGAGUUUCCUUUCUCUGGUAUGAGCCAUGGCGGAAAAGUUUUCUUUGUUGUACAGUUUUGCAGUGGACUGAGUUUUGGUCAAGUUCAUCACAAUGAAUCUGAUCCCAGUCUCUGUCAUUAAAGCCAAGCAUCAUUGGCCUGGGUUUUUUUUUUCUGUAAUUGCCCUUAUCUUGAUGUUCAUAUCAGUGAAGAACAGCUGGAUAUCAAAACCAGUCCAGACUGCUUUUUGCUGUCAGCUUAUUUUGGUGUGCUUAGGGUGGCCCAGUACAAGAAACUGGAAGCUAUCAGACGUCCACAUGAUUCUUCCUACUAUUUUUGAACUCUGGUUCAGGUCACUGGUUCACAUUACAUUAUCAAUCUUAAAGAACUGCACUAACCGGUCUCUUGGAAAUGAACUGAGACCCGCAUGUUCAGGUGUCCCAGUGCAGUUAUUUGGUGGCGAUCAAGGUUCAAAUAACAUGAUCCUUUCUGCUCAAACGAACAGUAAAGAAGCAAGCUUUUUAGAGUUUGAUUAAACCGCACUUGCUGUGAACCCAUCCGUAGAGGAGUUGUCAUCCUGAAACUGCCUAAACUAAUUUCAGAAGGACUAAACUGUGGAGAGCUGUAGUGACUUGUCGUUGGUGUUUUAUUAAAACAGGUACUCUUAUUAAAAUUUAAAAAAUGGAAAUGCAUUCUGACCCUUGCCAAGCAGAUUUUCUAAGGACAUCUGAGUCUAGAAAAUGCAUUGAGAGAUGACGGCCCCGAAAUGGAGAUUGACUAGAGGGGAAUGAGGGAGUGUUAAGCAUGCUGUAGUCACAGAGCAACAUCCUGACUUGAGAUAAUGAUACUUGUUGGAGUCGCUUAUCUUUCAAAGGCCGAUUUGAGUCAAAACAGAACCAAGCAUGACUUUGCUCCCCCUCGACUUGUUUGUUUUCUCCCCACCAACACUCCUCUGUCCUGCGUCUCUCUGACUCUUCUUUUCCCUUAAAACCCCAUUACCUCCUCUUACUUUCCCUGACUCUGCCUCCCUCUUGCCCUCCUUCACUUUCUCUCUCUCUCUCUCUCUCUCUCCACAUUUGCUCGUUGAACAUGAACUGAUGCUUGACAAUGAUUACCAGAUGAAAAUAAUUUUAUUUCUCUAAGUUCACACUAUCAGUGAGAAAACAUGUGGUUUGUAUAGUUGAAGAAAGUGAAAAUAUUACAGUUGGCGA